AUGGCCAUCAAUGUCGAUGGCUAUAACGAUAAAAAGGAGCUACAACUGAGGAACACUAUCCUGGGUAUUAGACCGCACAUAGUGAUACUCUCUGAAACCUGUACUAAUCUGCACCGCACGAUAUACAAUGGUCAAUAUACUGUGAUAGGAACCUCCGGACCGGCCGAUGGAGUGGCUGUCAUGGUAAGGCAGGACGUGCAAUACCACAUCACCAACAAAACCACACGUACUAUCUCCUUGGAACUAGACAACCUGGUUACCUGUAUUGGAACCUACGCGCCGACGGAACAGACCGCAGACAAAAUCAAAUUGCAAUACUGGGAGAACCUAGCUAAACUAAUACCAAAAGACCAUCCAUUACUUAUCGCAGGUGACCUUAAUGCAGGGCACGAACCGACUGAGUCUAGGACGAUCAAAGGCAUACCGAACUAUACAAGACUUCGGUCACUCGCAACCCUACACAGCCUCAAUAUAUUGCCAACCACACCCACUUGGAUAUCCAAGCGAUCGAAAGAUCAGAAGCCCACCCGGACCCUGGAUCGGAUACUAACUAACACUACCACUAAAUCCACAGACUCGGUACUACUUGACUGGGAGAAUGCACCUGCUGAUCACGCAAUACUGAUCUACAAAUGGAACAUAUACGCAAUCGGCUACGACCAGGGAAGGCCUAAAAGUAUACACGCGGCUAGACAUAUUGGCAACCAAGCUUACAACGAACCAACUACUCAAGCCUGGAAUAAGCUUAGAGAGCAACUCAAGACCCACUUCCGCAAAUGGUCUCAGCAAGCACCAAAAUCACAGAAUGCAAACCAACGACUCUGGGAGCUCUACAAGAAACAGAUAGGUAACCAAGGAUUGACACUGAUAGAUACUAAAGGCGACGACCUGGAGCCGGAGCAAGCUAGGAAGCAACUACGACAAAUGCUAUAUCACAGAUGGAGCAAAGCUGAUGCUGCGCACAUACCGCCAAGAAAAGAAGCAAGAAUCUACCUUGACCAACCUCCCCAUACGACGGAGAUCAUCUCAGCCAUUAAGGCAAUCAACAAGAAAGCCGCCACUGGGCUAGACGGAAUACCUGCCAAGCAUGUCCACCACAUACCAAUAGACGACCUCGAACAAUUUAUCCACCUAGUAUGGAAGAACUCUAAACUGCCACGGCAGCUAGUGGACAUGAAAGUGAAGCCAAUUCCAAAACUACUACCACGAACCACUGUGGAGAAUACCAGACCCAUAACCAUACCGUCGACUAUCAUGAAAAUCGUCAACCAAAUCAUACUGCAGCACAUCACACCAUACAUCGAACCGCACCUACUAACGCAACAACACGCUUACCGAAAGGGGAGGGGACCUGCCUCUGCAGUGACCGAACUUUUCGCUAAGUUUAACCGGCCAGGACAGACACUACUUUUACUGGACCUAUCGAAGGCCUUCGAUAUGGUAGACCAUAAGGCAUUGUUUAACGCGCUAAGAGCUACUAACAUACCCAGCAAGGAGUACAACCUGAUACGUGACCAAUACAUAGACGCUGAGGUACUGAUACAAUGGGCCAAACGAUAUGCAACACCCUUUCCGCUGACAAACGGCAUCAGACAAGGAUGCACGCUCAGCGCUAUGUUGUUUAACCUAGUAGAAGCCGAAAGAGAGACGAAAUGCCGGCGUAGGAUGCAUAUGGUACCCUACGAAGUCAUAAUGUAUGCCGACGAUAAGGCGGUGAUACUCGAUGAUGACGCCCACGUUCAGACAGUACUAGACACCAAUGCGCAGACUGCAGCCGACUACGGGAUGCUACAGAAUAACAGCAAAACAGCGCGGCUGAAGCUAGACAAAGAUACCAAGGAGAUACACACCGUCAAGUGGAUGGGGAUCCUACUCGACAGCAAGCUGAGCAUGAAUCAAGAGGUAGAAGCAAGGAUCGAAAAGGCCAAGAAAGCCGCUAAAGACUACACCGAAACGGUCAAGAACAUCCCGCCCUCUAUGAUUAAUGUCGCAGUCAAGAUACGGGGAGCAUGCGCGAUUAUACUACCACACCUAGUCUACCUAUGGAGGGAAAUCCCUUUCACACCGGCCCAGAGAUCUACCCUAACCGACGUCGCCACACAACUACUCGCUAAA